AAGAAAGAAAGAAAGAAGAAAGAAAGAAAGAAAGAAAGAAAAGAAAGAAAGAAAGAAAGAGAGAAGGAGAAGUAGGAGAAGGAGAAGGAGAAGGAGAAGGAGAGGGAGAGGGAGAAG